CGUGUUCGUCGCCUAACUGGCAACGCUGUCGCGCGAGAGUCGCCGGACAUUUGGUGCUUGGAAGGGAAGGUGAAAUAUGCUGCUAAAGAAGUGAAAUUGAAUUGAAAGGGAAUUACUUUUUACAGUACUUGGUUUCCGUGCUGCAAGGAAUUGACUUGUUUUUAAACGUUAACUUCAUUUGCAUGGCUUACAUUUUUAGCCCCAAAAUCAAUAAGAGCUGGUUUCCCAACUAUCGUUAUUAAUAGCCAAAUUUGACUCGAACAUAGCUACGCGCCUAUCGUUACAAAAAUCUCCGUUAGCCGACUUCAAAUGCUACCGAUAGCAGCUGCGAAAGCGAUAGCGUCGGCAAUCGAAUCCGAAUUUCCCACUUUAAAAACUAAGAAGUUUUUGUAAGCCACUAUGGAAACUCCACCCACUCCCACCACGACCACACCGCCAUCAUUGACAACUGAGGGCACCAUGGACGACAUCCAAUACCUGCUGCACCUGGAGGCGAUGCGCCGUUUUCAGGAAGACAGCCGCAAUGUAAAGCGCCAGGUGGAGGAGCAAGUACGCAUUUGGCUGGACGCCAAGUGUGAGUAUCAGCGGGACUUUGGGCGGCUGGCGAGGCUCCUGAAGUGCGGAGCCCUGCAGGCGGCCGUGGAUGCCCAUCGUGUAUCUGAUGUGAAUCAAGUCGACCAGGCGGCCAAGGAUAUCGCUAGUUUGCGAUCCAAACUGGGCAGUGAUCUGCGUCCCGCCAUUCUGGACUCCAACGAUGUGAAGCAGUGCCUGGAACAUCUGAACACCACCCACAAACCGCGCCUAAAUCUAUGCCGGCAACAACGGGAGUUCGCCCAGAACCAAGAAGCUCUAAGAAGUUUGCGUACCGCCGUCGAUGGAUUGGAGAAUGGUAUGGAGAUGGGCAUGAUACAGGCAAUGGACCGCCUUGUGGAGGAUCUUCUCCCACCGCGGGAAACAAACAACUAGCCGGUCGUCUCAAAAGUAUAUAUAAUAUUGUAUGAUAUAAACUAGUUUAUAACAUUAAAAACGGAAACUGUAAAUGAAAACUACAAGCUACAACGAAGCCAGGAUCAUCCGAUGAAGAAUAUUGGUAGCGGAAAU